GUAUGUGGCACAUCGGAUCGCUUUGUGCGAUACAAUCAUCCAGCCAAACUUUUGGAAACCAGAAAAGGACGAUGUGGAGAGUGGGCCAACUGUUUCACUUUAUUCUGUCGUACAUUUGGAAUGGAUGCAAGAAGGGACAAGUAUUGGUGAGAUCAGUUGGCAGGUUGAUUGGUCUGAAACCAGGCUGACCUGCAAGUCAAUACUAAUCGUUUUUCAACAUUCUACAUUUGAGAAUGGAUCAGUGUCUUGGCAAUUGUGCACUGGAGAUAAAUGCUACAUGGGAAACAAAGAUGGAGUUUUGGAGCUCAAGGGGGAAGAUUUAAAUGACAGUCCAGUGCAGCUUGAGCUGUCUGCUAAACUUGCAGAUGGUAAGGGUGACUGCUCCUGGCAACAUGCUCAGCUUUUCCGUCAGUUAGAUUCUGCAACAGAACAGUUCCCUCUUCUUAUACAUAUUAAUUUUUUGUGAAUUGUAAUUAAUAUCUUUUUCAGAAUUGAUAACUCUCCAGAUAACAUCUUGGCUAUAUUUUUUGUUACAUUUUUUAAAAAUUAUUAAGCAAAAUACAGUUUAAAUUAAGUGUACUGUAUAUUUUGUGGUUUAAUUUGUGUUGAUCACUGUUUAGGCUUUAUUUAAAAUUCUCUAUAUACAGUAGCAUCUUUAACCCUUUCCCGACAGGUGGCAUGUACGUACAUGCCAUGGCAUGCCUGGACCAUCUGCCGGUGGUAUGUACGUACAUGCCAUGGUGUAUGUAUGGCCAUGCCAUGGUGUAUGUAUGGCCA